CCCCCCCCCCCCCCCCCCCCAGCCACGGCGAGGUCAUCAUGUCCGUCGCCCCGUCCUACGACCGCACCGACGAGCUCCGCGCGCUGGACACAACCCUCGCCGGCGUCCGCGGCCUUGUUGCUUCUGGCGUGAAGCAGGUGCCUCGCAUCUUCCGCGUUCCCUGCCCUGAGGAGCCACUCCACCAGGCGCAACAACGACGGCCAGCGGCGGCGGCGACUGUCCCAGUGAUCAACCUCAGCGGCGAUCGCGCGGCAGUGGUGGACGCCGUCCGCGGGGCGGCGGCGGAGUGGGGGUUCUUCCAGGUCACAGGCCACGGGGUGCCGGAGCAGGUGAUGUCCGCAGCGGUGGCGGCGAUGCGGGCGUUCCACGAAGCCGACGGCGGGGAGGGCAGCGACAAGGCGCGGCUCUACUCGCGGGAGCCCCAGAAGGCCGUCAAGUACCACUGCAACUUCGACCUGUACCAGUCGCCGGUGGCCAACUGGCGCGACACGCUCUACCUGCGCAUGGCACCGGACCCUCCCGCCGCCGACGAGCUGCCUGCAGAAAUCUCCCGGGAUGCAAUAUUUGAGUACGCCAAACAAGUGAAGGAUUUGGGGGACAGGUUGCUCGAGCUGCUCUCCGAGUCCCUUGGGCUCAAACCGAGCUACUUGGCAGAUAUAGAAUGCAACCAGGGACAGAUUAUAGUUGGGCACUACUACCCUCCAUGUCCUCAGCCUGAGGUCGCCAUUGGGACAAGCCGGCAUUCAGACUCCGGCUUCCUGACUAUACUACUGCAGGACGGAGUUGGCGGCUUGCAGAUCCUCCAUGACGACCAGUGGGUCGACGUUACCCCAACACCUGGAGCAUUCAUCGUCAACAUAGGCGAUCUCCUGCAGUUGAUCUCUAACGACAAGUUUAGCAGCGUCGAGCAUAGAGUGGUAGCAAAGGAUGCUGAACCAAGAGUUUCUAUCGUGUUCUUUUUCAACACCCGUUUCCAUCCAGCUUCGACAAGAAUGUAUGGCCCAAUCAAGGAGCUGCUGUCCGAGGAAAACCCUCCUUUGUAUAAAGAAACCCUUGUCAGAGAGUUUUAUGCACGUUACCACUCUAUUGGCUUGGAUGGCAAGCAGAAGACUGCUCUAGCUGAUUUCAGGUUGUGAAUCCGGAACGAGAAGAUUACCUUUUAUUUACCAACAAGAUGCAAAUGUUGGGACAAUCUGUAUCGUGUAAUAAUACCAAAGAGAAGAUUAAAAACUGCCUGCUCGUAACAUUCCCUAAUUAAUGUAUAUUUAUGCUCGAUCGCCACAACAAAAGUAGACAUGUUUGUAUAAUAAGCCUGAAUUGAGUUUGGACCCUGGACGUAUAUUUCUGUAACACAUAUAAGAUGUUUCUUCUAUGCCCUUGAGCAUGUACUGCAUUUCCUUUUCAGUUCCCA